GUUCGUGUAGUUAAAAAUGGGUACUUUGUUAAAGAGGUACGGAUCUCACUCUGAUAUCGUGCAGCCGUGUCGUUGUUUAAGAUAUGCUCGCUGUGGAUGACCAUCCAUGCUUCUCGGAGAGACCUAAUCUGAUUAAAAAGGCUGGGAGUGGCUCUAUCGAUAUAGGUCGUGCUUACAGAUGGAAUGGCCAUGCACCUAUUCUGACAGAGCUAACCAAAUUUAUGUCAACCGAUUCGUUACUCCAUGACCGGUCCCAAAACCCCAAUUAUGAAGACACCAAUGUGAUGCUGCCACGAGCGUGGCGGUGUACAAUUUUAUUGGCCUGCACACAUCUCCGAAACAAUAUCACAUCACUUUCGGCCGUUACAAUCUCAUUUAUCGGCCGAUAUAAAACCACGCCAUCCAUUCGUCAAACGCAAUUCCUUUCUCUGCUACGUAUAAUAUUAUAUCCUUCGCUCAUAUAUCUCCGAUCUCCCAUCCGUCGGUCUUUUCGGUCUUGGCGUUUCUCCGUCGCUUUUCUUGUCGCAGCUAGCGAUCGAAAAGAGGAGCUGGUGGAGCGGUGGGUCUCCGAUCUCCCAAGAUUUCGGUGCGAUUUUCUUGCGGCGGAACAGAUCAGGCCAGGGGAAUGAGCAGUUGGCGGCCGGUUGAUGUAAACAAGAGGAUUUGGGAUAUGUGCAGAAAGUUUAUUUGUUCUGUUCAAUGGCUUUGAAGGUUUAGAUGUGUCGUAGGUCACGACACGAGGCAUGAACAUUGUGAAGGGCGUCGCUGAUCUCAUUCGGAGAUCUUCCAGCAGCCAAACCAGUGAAGGUGGAACCUCGGGUCAUGGUGAUAAGUUUGCUGCUCCCUCUCCGAGGAUUUGGUUUGGGGAUGCUGGUGAGGAAGUCAUUUUGAAUACACUUUGGCAGAGAUAUGAGAAUGCAAUUGAUAAGGCUGAAAAAAGGAAAUUGUUGCAAACUUUUCUCAUGCAAUUCAUAGAAAUGUAUGAAAAUUGGAAGCCUGUGCAUAAUGGACAGUUCUCAGUGCAGCGGGCAUCUGGACCAGAUGAUAUAAUUCUUGGUUGCUCUGUUGGUCAUCCAUCUGAGGUUUCUCUAAUUAUAAUCCAAGAAAUUGCCCGUAUAACAUCUCUUCUCACAGAUUUGAAGAAUAAUGCUGGGCAAGUUAAUGAUGAUCCUUCGGAGCCACCAGGAAGCUUUGUUUUUAGCACUGAUGCAUUACUUGCUUUGAAUUGUCUCACAAUUUUAACUCGCUCAAUGCACAAUUGUAAAGUAUUUAGCUAUUAUGGAGGGGUGCAAAAGAUCACUGCUCUUUUGAAAGCUGCAGUUGUCAAGCUUAAAACUUUAACAAGUGCACUUCCAGUAGAUGAACACUUGUCAAGUUCUGGACUAGAGAAGAUAGGAAUUUUGCAAAAGAUACUAGUCUAUGUUGUUUCAAUAAUUUUUAGUUUCAUGGAGUUGCAUACUCUUGGAACCGAGAAGACUCAGUUUGUGGAUGGUGUUUCACAUAUGUCUUCGAAGAAGAAUCCACAUGAUGUUUCUUCAAGUGGUCCAAAGAGCUUAGUCUCUGAGACAAGACUUCUUUGGCAGCAAAAGGCAAUUGUUAUGGUGAUGGAAGCAGGUGGUGUCAAUUGGUUAGUAGAGCUUUUACGGGUUAUUAGAAGACUGAAUCUGAAACAACAGUGGACUGACUUAUCCCUCCAUUAUUUGACUCUGGUAACUCUAAAAUCAGCUCUCUCUGAAAAUCCACGGGCACAGAAUCAUUUUAGAAGUAUCGGGGGUCUUGAUGUUUUAUUGGAUGGGCUUGGACUUCCAUCAAGCAAUUUUUCCUUUUCAAAGAGCAUAAUUCUUUGUGGAGAUGAUAGAAGUGGAAUUUUUCAGCUCCAACUUCUUUCUUUGGAAGUCCUAAGGGAGUCUACAUUUGGCAAUCAAAACAAUAUGCAAUUCCUAUGUGAAAAUGGACGGGUACAUAAAUUUGCAAAUAGCAUAUGCUGGCCAGCUUUUAUGCUUCAAGAAUUUUACCGAAGAAGGAUGGCUUCGUCGGUAUCUGACAAUGAAUUGCUCAGCUCAACCCAUGCCAACAGCCUGGAGCAAAAAGCAUCUCCAGAAUUUUCCAUUCAGGUCCAUGACAAUAGUCCCAAUUUAAAUGAAUGGAAUGAGUAUUCUGUUAAACUAAGCAGAGUUCUUUGCUCUUUUCUACUUGCUCCUGAAGACACCAAAUUUCAUCAUGGUCAUGCAUCUAUUAGUCAAAGUUCCUUUCCUAUCUCGUUGGCUUAUUGGGAACUUUCUAUAAGAUGGGUGCUGAAGGUUCUUCUUACUGUAUUUCCAUGCCUCAAGGCUUGCACUACUGAGAGUGAAGUGCCAAACCAUAUAAGGAUUUUAGCCAGUUCCCUGCAACAUUACAUCCUUUGUGCAUUCAGAAAGGUUCUUGUUUCUGCACCAGCUUUACUUGAAAUCUUCCGAGAGGAGAAGAUUUGGGAGUUGAUUUUCUCAGCGAAAUUCUUCUAUUUUGGAUCAUCUCUGGAAGAAUUUAAAAUGGGGAGAGGAACAUUCUCAAGUGGUGUUCUGAUUGACCCUGAAAUUUCUUACAGGCCUGAAAACCCAAAUGAUCUGACAAAGCCUGCUGAAGUUGAUGCUCUUCAAGUUGAAGCAAUUUCUUUCUUAGAGUUCGUUGCGGGACUAAAUGGAAACAAAAAUAACUUGCCAGAAUGCUCUGUGCUGUUAGAGACACUUGAGAAGUCAGCUUGUAAUCCUGAAAUUGCCAGUAUUCUCUUGAAGAGCCUGCUUAGAAUUCUACAGCUUGCAGUCGAGCAAAGUCUUGCUUCUUUCAAGUCUUUAGAUGCAAUUGCUAGAGUGCUCAAGGUUGCAUGCAUUCAAGCGCAAGAACUCAGAAAACUUAAGAACAUGGAUUAUCAUGUGGAGGAUGACAUUAAUGGUGUACAAAGUGAACAAAGCAAUCAGAUGGUUUGUAUAGUGCAGCCAGCUGUCUGUUGGGUCAAAUGCAUGGAGUCUUCGUUUGAGCUUUUCACAGAAUAUCUUCUUUUGGCAGAGAAUGGAAGGAGUUUAGUUUUGCACAAUUCCAGCUGUAUUGAUAGCUUAUUUGAUCUAUUUUGGGAAGAAAAUCUUCGCAAGCGUGUGUUGGAGCAAAUUCUUGGAUUGCUUAAGUUGCCUCCAUCAUCUGCAGAAGGUAAUAGGGCUAAGUCACAGCUGUGCUCCAAGUUUCUAGAAACCUUUACUCAAGCAAAGGAGAGAGAAAAGGCUUUUGCGGAGUUGUCAAUAGAGCUACUGAUUGGCAUGAGAGAACUUAUUCUGAUUGAUCAAAUGUACUAUCAGACAUUGUUCCAUAGUGGGGAAUGCUUUCUUCACAUUCUUUCUCUUUUGAAUGGUUCGCUUGAUGAGAGUAUUGGGGAGCAGUUGGUGCUUAAUAUUCUUCAGACUCUGACCUUGUUGCUUAUGGGAAAUGAUAACUUGAAGGUUUCCUUUAGAGCACUUGUUGGUGUGGGUUAUCAGACAUUGCAGAGCUUGCUCUUGGAUUUUUGCAAGUGGCAACCAAAUAUAGCUCUUCUGCAUGCUCUUCUUGACAUGCUUGUAGAUGGAAAUUUUGACAUGGAAGAGAACAUAGUAAUAAAGAAUGAAGAUGUGAUUAUGUUAUUCCUAAAUGUUCUGCAGAAGAGCAGCAAUUCGCUGCAGCAUUAUGGCCUUGAUAUCUUACAGAAUAUGCUAAAGGAUUCCAUCAUUAAUCGAACUGCAUGUUUCAAGGCGGGAGUGCUUGGUUUCCUUCUUGAUUGGUUCCGUGAAGAGGACAGAGAGGACAUGAUAAGCAAGAUCGCUGAGUUAAUUCAGAUCAUUGGGGGGCAUAGCAUAUCUGGAAAGGACAUAAGAAAAAUAUUUGCUCUUCUUCGAAGAGAGAAGAGAGAGUCUAUACAAAAACAUAGGUCCUUGCUUUUGACAUCUAUUCGCUAUAUGCUCAAGGAAAAAGGACCCGAGGCUUUCUUUGAGUUCAAUGGCUGUGAUUCUGGAAUUGUAGUAAAAUCUCCAGUGCAGUGGCCAAACAACAAAGGUUUUUCCUUCUCAUGCUGGCUAAGGUUAGAGGAUAUCCCUGAGAAUGGUAUAAUGGGCCUUUUUUCUUUUUUCACUGACACUGGAAAGGGUUGUCUUGCAAUGGUUGCCAAGGACAUGCUGAUUUUUGAGUCCAUCAACCAAAAACGGCAGUGUGUUCUGUUGCCUCUCAACCUUCUUCCAAGAAAGUGGCAAUUUCUCUGCAUUACUCAUAGCAUAGGCAGGGCAUUUUCUGGGGGAAGCCAGCUAAGGUGUUAUGUUGAUGGAAAUCUGAUAUCCUCUGAAAAAUGCAGAUACGCAAAAGUUAGUGAGGUUAUGUCUCGAUGUACUAUAGGAGCAGAACUCAAACCUACCAAUGAAGAGCCCUAUCCAUUUAAUUUCGGGACGAUAUAUCCUUUUCUGGGUCAACUUGGUCCUCUUUAUGUCUUCAGUGAUGCUCUUUCUUCUGAGCAAAUAAAAGGUCUAUACUGCCUAGGACCAAGUUACAUGUAUUCAUUCCUUGGUGAUGGAGUGCUGCUUGACUCUCAAAAUUCACUUUAUGGUGGAAUCCUAGAUGCCAAAGAUGGCCUGUCAUCAAAAGUCAUUUUUGGUUUAAAUGCACAGGCUAGUGAUGGUCGGAUUUUAUUUAAUGUUUCAUCAAUGCUGGAGAAUUCUGAUAAGAAUGCUUUUGAGGCUGUAAUUAUGAGUGGGACAAAGUUAUGCUCCCGUCGCUUGCUUCAAGAGAUUAUUUAUUGUGUUGGUGGUGUUUCUGUGUUUUUUCCUCUUUUGACUCAGUUUGAUAGGUCUGAGUUAGAUAAUGGACAACUUGACUAUGCAUCAAUUGGGUCCAUUAUGAGUGAUAAGCUUGCUGCUGAAGUCAUUGAGCUCAUUGCUUCCAUAUUAGAUGGAAAUGCAUCAAAUCAGCAGCAGAUGCAUCUUCUUUCUGGGUUCUCUAUUCUUGGAUUCUUGCUGCAAUCUGUUCCACCUAUGCAACUAAAUCUUGAAACUCUUUCGGCAUUGAAAUAUAUGUUCUAUGUCUUGAGAAACACUGGCAUGUCUGAAACACUAAUAAGAGAUGCUAUAUUGCCAAUUUACUUGAAUCCACUUAUCUGGGUGUUUGCAAGUUAUGAAGUGCAACGUGAUAUAUAUAUGUUUCUUAUUCAGUAUUUUGAAAGCGACCGAAGCCUAUUGCCAGCAUUGUGUGGGCUCCCUCGAAUAAUUGAUAUGAUAUGCCAUUUUUAUUGGGAUAAAGCUGGUCGAUCUGCUAUUGGGAACAAGCCACUUUUGCAUCCAAUAACGAAAGAAGUGAUUGGAGAACGACCAUGCCUGGAAGAUGUUCGGAAGAUUCGUCUGCUUUUACUAAGCCUUGCAGAAAUGAGUUUGAGGAAAAAGAUUUUGCACCAUGAUAUAAAGGCUCUUAUUGCCUUUUUUGAGAAAAGUAAUGAUAUGGUAUGCAUCGAGGAUGUAUUGCACAUGGUCAUUCGUUCUCUCUCUCAUAAGCCAUUGCUAGUGUCUUUUUCGGAGCAGGCCAAUUUGCUUGGUGGCUGUCAUAUUUUUAUUAAUCUUCUUCAGAGGGAAUUGGAGCCUAUCAGGCUGCUGGGCUUGCAGUUUCUAGGGAAGUUGUUGGUUGGACUUCCCUCAGAGAAAAAGGGAAUGAAAUUCUUUAGCCUCUCUGUUGGACGAUCUAAAUACAUUUCUGAAAAUUUCAGAAAAGGAGGAACCAUGCCAGAACCGAUAUUUUCUGCAAUGGCAGAGAGACUGUUCAAAUUUCCACUCUCUGACCAUCUUUGUGCUACAUUAUUUGACGUCCUUCUUGGUGGUGCUAGUCCUAAACAGGUCUUGCAGAAACACAGUCAUCUUGAUGCACAGAGAAAUAAGAAGUCCUCUAUGGGUCUCUCUUCUCAUUUUCUCCUUCCUCAGAUUUUAGUCUGCAUCUUUAAAUAUCUGGAAACCUGCAAGGAUUCCUCAACUCGGGUGAAAAUCUUAGGAGAUUUACUGAAUCUGCUUGACUCAAAUCCUUCGAAUAUUGAAGAUUUAAUGGAAUAUGGUUGGACCUCUUGGUUAGAGACAUCUGUCAGGCUUGAUGUGUUUAAGAACUAUGAAACGGAGUCAAAAACUAAAGCUGAUAGUUUGAAUUUUGAUGAGCUAAUUCUUGUGAAGAAUUUGUACUGUGUUGUUCUUUCUCAUUGUUUGUUUUCAGUAAAGGGUGGUUGGCAGCAACUAGAGGAGACAAUAAAUUUCCUGUUAUUGAACUUGGAACAGGAGGAACUAUCCCAUUCACGUUUUCUUCGUGAUAUCUAUGAAGAUCUAAUUGGAAGUCUUGUUGAAAUUUCUUUGGAGGAGAACAUUUUUACUUCACAGCCAUGUCGGGACAAUACACUGUAUCUUCUAAAGCUUAUCAAUGAGUUGGUAAUCAUUGAAAGUGGUGAUAAACUUCUGCUUCCAAUUCUUGGAAUCUCUUCAGAUUAUUCUUCUGAUGGACUGCAACCAGAUAACCAGAAGGACAUCAACUUUGCAGUUAGUGAGUUACUGAAUCUUGAAGCUGAUCAACUUCCUAGAGUUUCAUGGAAUUUUAAAUCUAUUGCUGUGGAAGAUGAUAAGGCAAAUGAUGGAUGGUGGGAUUUAUAUGAUAAAACAUGGAUUCUUAUUGGUGCAUUGAAUGGAAAAGGGCCAAGCAAGAUGCCAAAAGCUUCAAAUACGGGUGGCCCAUCUUUUGGCCAAAGAGCACGUGGAUUGGUAGAGUCCUUGAACAUUCCUGCUGCAGAAAUGGCUGCUGUAGUUGUUUCUGGUGGAAUUACUAAUGCAUUGGGUGGAAAGACGAACAAAUAUAUCGACAAAGCAAUGCUUUUAAGGGGAGAGAAGUGCCCAAGAGUUAUCUUUCAUCUUGUGAUCCUUUACCUUUGCAAAGCUGAUCUGGAAAGUGCCUCAAGAUGUGUCCAGCAGUUCAUUUCUCUACUUCCACUUCUUCUUACUUCUGAUGAUGAUCAGAGCAAGAAUAGGCUGCAUUUUUAUAUUUGGUCUUUGGUUACGAUGAGGUCUAAGUAUGGUAUGCUGGAUGACGGGGCACGUUUUCAUGUUAUAACACACUUGAUUCUAGAAAUUGUCAACUUUGGAAAAUUUAUGCUUGCCACUAGUAUCAUGGGUAGGGAUGAUCCAGUUGAGGUAUGUGGCAGCUCAAAGGAAGCUGGAUUCAUUCUUGGUCUAAUUCAAAGGGAUCGAGUUCUCGCUGCGGCAGUUGACGAGGCAAAAUCAGUUAAGUCUGUCAAUGCAGAUCGCCUAAAGCAGUUGCAGGACCUCCGUGUGAAGCUGGAUGAGCACUCUUUAGCGUUGGUAAACCAGCAGAAAACCUUUGAUGAUGACAUUCAGUCUAAUGUAAAUGCAGUUUUAUCUUCGGAUGACAACCGAAAAGCUUCUUUCCAGCUUGCAUUUGAUGAGGAGCAGCAAAUUGUUGCUGAUAAAUGGAUCCAUAUGUACCGUGCUUUGAUUGAUGAGAGAGGUCCAUGGUCUUCACAUCCUUUUCCAAAUGCUAUCAUCACACACUGGAAACUUGAUAAGACAGAGGAUAGCUGGAGGCGUAGGCCCAAACUUAAACGCAAUUAUAAGUUUGAUGAACGCCUUUGUCAUCCUCCAACCGCUAAAAUUUCUAACGGAGCCAGCCAGCCUGCAAAUGAAUCCUUUACUGGUACGGGGACGAGUUUUCCUGAACAAAUGAAACAAUUUCUUUUAAAAGGAGUGCGAGGAAUUACUGAAGAAAAAUCUCUGGAGACUUGUGAUGAUGACUUGGCAAGGCUGAAUGACUCUGGCCCAAAUAAUUCUUCAGAAAAUCAAAUUAUAGAAUACAUCAAAGACCACAGCAGUGAGGUGGAUAUUGUUCCUGACAAAAAGGAGCCUUCCUCUGGUUCUGUAGAAAGUGAUUUGAGCGAGGUUCAUUUGUCAAUCCCCUCUGUGCUUAUUACACCAAAGAGAAAAUUGGCAGGGCAUUUAGCUAUCGUGCAGAAUGUUCUGCAUUUUGCUGGUGAGUUCAUAGUUGAAGGUACAGGAGGAUCAUCUGUUUUUAAAAGUUUCAGAGAUACUGGGAACUCAGAUUCUAACAAAUGUGAACAACCGGGAAGUAUACCUAAGCAGAAAUGGAAUAAAGGUCCUACUCUUGAUAACAACCGUGGAAAAGGAACUCCAACUGAUAGUGAGGAUGUAGAUGCUUCUUUACAACACAAAACCAACAAGAUCAAACUGCAUAGGAGAUGGAACCUCUCUGCUAUAAAAGCAGUUCAUUGGACUCGCUACUUGCUACAGUAUACAGCAAUAGAGAUCUUUUUUAAUGACUCCACAGCGCCUGUUUUUCUCAAUUUUGCAUCUCAAAAAGAUGCCAAACAUGUUGGAACAUUAGUAGUCUCUCUUAGGAAUGAGACCUUGUACCCCAAAGGAAGUUCAAGAGACAAAAAUGGAAUCAUUUCUUUUGUGGAUCGGCGUAUAGGACUUGAGAUGGCUGAAAAUGCCAGGGAGAGUUGGAGAAGAAGAGAAAUCAGCAACUUUGAAUAUUUAAUGAUUCUCAAUACUCUUGCUGGCAGAUCUUAUAAUGACUUGACUCAGUAUCCUGUUUUUCCUUGGGUGUUGGCUGAUUAUUCAUCUGACAAACUUGAUUUCAACAAAUCAUCUACUUUUAGGGACCUUUCAAAACCAGUUGGUGCCUUGGAUUCCAAACGAUUUGAGGUUUUUGAAGACAGAUAUCGUAAUUUUUGUGAUCCUGAUAUUCCUAGCUUUUACUACGGAUCACAUUAUUCUAGUAUGGGUAUUGUGCUCUAUUACUUGCUUAGGUUAGAGCCAUUUACAGCUCUGCACCGUAAUUUGCAGGGUGGAAAGUUUGAUCAUGCAGACCGUCUUUUUCAAAGCAUAGAUGGAACAUACAGGAAUUGCCUAUCUAAUACAAGUGAUGUGAAGGAGCUAAUACCUGAAUUCUUUUACAUGCCCGAAUUUCUUGUCAAUUUAAAUUCUUAUCAUUUAGGGGUGAAGCAAGAUGGUGAACCAUUAGGUGAUGUAGCUCUCCCACCAUGGGCUAAGGGUUCUCCUGAAGAAUUCAUUUAUAGGAACCGGGAAGCUCUGGAGAGUGAGUAUGUGAGUUCCAAUCUCCAUCAUUGGAUUGAUCUAGUAUUUGGCUAUAAGCAACGUGGAAAGCCUGCCAUGGAGGCAGCCAACAUAUUUUACUACUUAACAUACGAAGGUGCUGUUGAUUUGGAGAACAUGGAUGAUAUGCUACAAAAAUCUUCAAUAGAAGACCAGAUUGCAAAUUUUGGUCAAUCACCAAUCCAGAUUUUUCGUAAGAAACAUCCAAGAAGAGGGCCUCCUAUCCCUAUUGCUCAUCCUUUGUAUUUUGCCCCUGCAUCAAUCGCGUUAACUUCCAUUGUUUCCAGUACAGCUAGUCCUCCUUCUGCUAUAGUCUUUAUUGGUUUGUUGGAUUCUAAUAUAGUCUUGGUGAAUCAAGGGCUCACACUGUCAGUAAAACUCUGGUUAACAACACAGCUUCAAACUGGUGGAAAUUUCACAUUUUCAGGAUCCCAGGAACCAUUUUUUGGAAUAGGUUCUGAUGUUCUUCCCCCCCGCAAGCUUGGUACUCCACUGGCUGAAAAUAUUGAGUUUGGAAGACAGUGCCUGGCAACAAUGCAAGUUCUUAAUGAAAAUUAUCUGAUUUCUUGUGGUAAUUGGGAAAAUAGUUUUCAGGUGAUAUCCCUAAAUGAUGGAAAGAUAGUGCAGAGCAUCCGACAACACAAAGAUGUGGUCAGCUGUGUUGCAGUUUCAUCUGAUGGAAGUAUACUUGCGACCGGAAGUUAUGACACAACCGUCAUGGUAUGGCAUGCUUAUCGAGGAAGAUUUACAGAGAGGAGAUCUCGUACAUUGCAAACUGACUUUCCUCGAAAAGAUCAUGUCAUUAUUGAAAGCCCCUUCCAUAUACUAUGUGGCCACGAUGACAUAAUUACAUGCUUAUUCGUCAGCGCAGAACUUGAUAUAGUUAUCAGUGGAUCAAAAGAUGGAACUUGUAUAUUUCAUACGUUACGGGAAGGAACUUACGUACGUUCCAUUCAGCACCCAUUUGGUAGUCCUUUGUCCAAGUUAGUUGUAUCACCACAUGGAAGGCUGGUGGUCUAUGCUGAGAGUGAUCUGAGUUUACAUAUGUAUUCUAUCAAUGGAAAACAUGUUGCAUCAUCUGAAUCAAAUGGGCGCCUCAACUGCAUUGAGCUUAGUAGCUCCGGUGACUUCCUUGUUUGUGCCGGUGACCAAGGACAAAUAAUUUUGCGCUCCAUGCAUUCACUUGAUGUUGUCAAAAAGUAUGAAGGAGUUGGGAAGAUAAUUACAUCUUUAGCUGUGACACCUGAAGAGUGCUUCUUAGCUGGGACUAAGGAUGGAAGUCUGCUUGUUUAUUCCAUAGAAAACCCUCUUAUCCGUAGAGGUAGUAGCCUUACACGCAACAAUAAGUCAAAGAAUUCAGUGACAGGAUAAGUCAGUGAUUUGGUAGCUUGUGGCUGCAGUUUAUCGAUGCUUCUGAUAGAUUUGGUUGAAGGAUUAUUAUGUCCAGGAUAAGAAUCAUUCGCCAUUCAUGAUAGCUUGGUGCCAUCAAGUUCCAUCAUCAAAGAUACGCUUGCCAUUGAUGUAUCUAACCAAGCCAGAACAGGAUCAUUCUCAAACUGGUACCAAAAAGAAAAUUUAAGAAUCAACAUUCUUUUGUUUCUUUACCAAGUGCACUCUCCGUGUGGUUGUCAAAUAAUUGAGCAUUACAGAAAUAUCAUUGACCAAACACAGGCUGUCACCAUGUCUCAAUUCAUCUUGAAUCGUGCAUCUGAGGAUAAAAGCUACCUACCUAACUUGUACAGUAUGUCCAUUUGCUGCUUUUUCUUUAUAUAUAUUUUUGUACUUUCCUUUGUUUUUCUUUUGCUUCAGCAGGCUCUUGAGCAAAUUGUAAAUGUAGAUUUACUUGGAGGAUGCAAUGGGUAUAAGCUUGUGCUUUGUAUCGUCA